CAUUGUCAUGGUCAAUCCUCGAAAAUCAUGGUCAAGUUCAAGUGGCACCUCGCGGUCGGCCGGCUCAAACUGAUCGCACAACUGGCCACCGAAAGGUAUAUAAAACCUUUCCGAUCUAUUGUUCACUCUUUCAUUCGAGCCACGUUUUUCUUUGUUGCUGGUCGGCCGGCAACCACGCGAGAUUGUUCUAUCGAAGCACCAGAUUUUAUCGAACGAUACCCUUCGAAGGAAGUAUUUUGUGUAGUGACUGUCGAAAAUCAUCUAACCAAUAUGGUGCAAUCAGUGUGCAGUGAUAUCCAUCACCACGAGGAGGUCGUCUCGGAGGGUGCCAACCUGGACGAAAUUACACCGGUCUUGAAGAGCAUCAUUGUAACCAGAACCAAGGAUGGGGCCACAGUGGACGAAAUCAUUGGUGACUAUAACAGUUUCACCGGGGAGAAUCUGCUGUCAACUUGUCACACGCGGGAUAACGUAGCAAACAUUUUGCGACAAAUCGAGGGCGUUUGGUCUAUGUACAGCGAACCAAAGGGACCGUUUCUUUGGUACUGCUCGACGGACAAUACAAAGCACAUUGCCGAAAUGAUCAAGAAGCAAAAGUCUCCCCGCCUUCAUCACCGACGGUACCAACCACCUCAGCUUCAAGGUUCGCACAGGACGCCCUACUCGUCGAAAAUGGUACCGACCAGUUCAACUGCGACCACUGCGACCAACAACGCCCCUAACCCUCGGGACAAGUUCUAUCCGGACAAUGUGAAUUUUAUCCCUAAACGACAUGCAUGGAAUCGUACGCCGUAUCGCUCGGUGGCCAACCAUCCGUAUUUGCCACCCCAACGACGCCAAAUGCAGCACCAUCCGAUGAAACCGAUGAUGAAGCAACAGUACUACUCUAACUCGGUCUACUAUGGACCAACGUUUUGUGGCAUGCAGAUGAUCGGUGACGACUUCUUCCUUUCGCUAGCCAGAUGGGAAUUGGGAUUUCAGUAUGACCCAGGACAUUCAAUUCAACAGAGUGGCCUCUGCAUUUCCGGCUUAACAAUCGCGGAAGCAGCGGACCGCGUAAUGAAGGCCCCCUACAUUAACGAUCGGGUCAUAGUUAACGUAGGCGUAGUGGACAUUCUGCAUGGGAGCGAAUUCGUCGACAUGCAGCAUGAUCUGUUCCAGCUGAAGAGAAACCUGGAGAAUCGCGGUGCCAGUGUAAUACUGACCACGCUUUCGCCAUUGGCGAACAUGUCACACAUCAAAGACAUCACCGAUAAGCUGCAUAGGUUCAACAGCCUGAUCCGGAGAUACCAGUGGGAGCACAUCGAUCUCUGGCGGUGUUUCGUCAACGAAAAGGAUCAAACCCUGUACGAGUGUUUCCAGCCGGGGCCCAGACAAGUCAGCGGGAGUAACAAACCACAUAUCCUGUGGAACAAGCUGGGUCGUCAACGUAUUAUCAAGUUUAUGAAAACGCAACUCGCGAGUUUGAUCUAGAACUCUCGACAUUUCAAACCAUAUUCGGCCGAAUUAACAACCUAGCGUAGUCUAAUUUUUUAAUCUGUAUUUGUGUAGCUGUUAAUAAGAACUUGUUUGUCAUAGCUUUAAUGUUAGAACACUUUAUUAGCGUUUGUGAAAUGUAAGGCCACCGUCAUCGUUGUUCCCUCGUAUAGGAAGCAGUUUUGGACAUUAAUCCGGAAUGUCCAAGACCGCUCCCUAUGCCCGGGCGUUAUCCAUUUGAUCUUUCAAAAUCCGGAAAGAAAGCAUAACUGGAUAACGUCCUUCGCUGGACGGAGCCGUUGCAGAUAGCAAUCGCAGGCGAUUAGCUCUCUGGAAUGAUUCUGGCCAAAGCUUGCUCCACUGGGUCACCGGUUCCCAUUGGAAGGUAAGCGCAACAACGACUGACAUUGAGGUCCCUUGCCCUGACUACGAAGUUUGGAACGUACUAUGCCGUAGAUAUGAACAAUAAAAUGUUUGUAGUGAGGGAAGGAAAAUUGAACAUGUGAAACCAAAUAUUAGUUGCCAAAAAUUUACAAUACAUUAGAUAGAUUUUUAUAUGCCUAGAAAUAAGAAUGAUUUUUUUCAUGCAUAAGAGUGUUCAUUUUGUGAUGUUUGUAUUUUGAAUAAAUUUGUGUUAUAUGUUGUGUAA